GUGCCCUCACUGCUCUACACUUCGUUCCCGGGGCUGGCCGGCCUCGUGCGUGCGCACGCGCGCCGUCCCCCGGAGGCGUCUGGGUGUGCGGAGCGUGCGCGCGCGGCUCGGAGGCGCACCUGUGAGCUGUCCCCGAAGGAGAGGGCGAGUGGGCGCGCGGACUCCGCGGCCUGGGGCGCUCGCACCCGCACUUGGACGCCUUCGUCGGGGCGGAAGCCGCCAGCAUCCCGCCCAGGUGAUGAGGAACGAGCCGCGCGCCCCGCGCACCGGGCUGCAGCCGCUGGACGCCUCCAUUGUUUGACCACAACGAGGGCCGGGCGCUCGCAGCUUGGGGUCCAGCCUAGUAGCUUCCUCGGCUGCUGAGACUGGUCAGGAUGCCCUGGCUCUUCAGUUGUGUGCCAGGAGUGCGCCUUUGCCCUGGACAAGAAACGGUGCAGAUGCGGAGGCCAUGUUCUCAGUGAUUCUCAGGGCCCGCGCUGCUUGCCAGAAGCUGUGGAGCACAAGCCUGCGUGCAUGCAGCACUGAGCCUACAUUGGGGUCGGCUGCAGGCCUGCCAGGAGCAUCGGGUAGGCUGACCUCCCGGCAGCUGCACCGCAGCGCAUCUGGGGGAGCUGCGAAGGAAAUACACCCUCAGCACUUUGGGUGAGACAGUUACAUACACGCGCUCUGCCCUGACGCAGUGAGCAAGGUCAUCUGUGCGGAGGGACUGGCAAGUGGGGCCUGGAGACUCAAGAACCCUAAGUGCCCGUGAUGGCUGUGGGCAACAGUACAACCAGAGACGCCCAGUGGACUGUCACGGAGUGCUGCUGCCCUGGGAGCCGAGUGCUGUGUGCAGACAACACCGGGCACCACCAUCUGGCCUGGGGUUCUGAAGCUUGCGUUUUGACUAAUGCUACAUACACCCAUAUGUGAGAUGCAGGAUUAGGGGACAUACUGGCCUGGAACCAUCAGGCUGAGGGACACACUGCCCAACACCCACUGUUAAAGAGGAAAGGGUUAUUUUGGCACGCAGUUUGUAGAGGUUUCAAUCUAUAACUGGCUGGCUCCAGGGAAGGGUGGCACAUGGCAGAGAGGCAUCACAGAAGAGAACUGUUUCAUGGUAGGCGGAAGACCACAGAACAGUAAGCAGGAGACAACAAUGACCACAGCUCUUUCUGCCCCUUAUGUUUUACCAGGUUUAAAGCCCUGCAGAGCCGAGAGACAUCCCUCUGGAACAGAGACGGCGGCUGUUUCCUCAGGACCAGAAGAGCUCUGCGAAGACUUGGCGCAUCGCCCUUGCUGGGCUGUCCUGGGGGCAGGGCCCCGGCCGGGAGCCAGGAGCUGCCUGUAGGAAGCUUCCUGUCUGAUGUGGAGGAGGCAGAGCACCGCGCUGACUUCCUGGGAGGCUGCAGGUGCCGGCUCACCCUGGAGGUCGGGGACACACUGUGUAGUCCUGUCUCUAGCUGUGGGAAGCCCAAGAUUGCCCUCCAAGGAGAGGGUUCCAGGGGCCUAAACUCGCAGAGAGUGGCGCCUUGGCAGCCCCUCGGAAUGCUGGAAACUCAGGCCCUAAACCCAGUUCUUUACUAGUGAGUUACGGAGUUGCUGUGGAAGUAAAUGUCGCUUUAUAACCCGCAGGGACGCUGAGUGAGGGACACUAUGCAGGACGAAGCCUUGCACAGGAAGACAAGUGGGGGGGAACUUGGGCGGCCCUGGCCCUGCCUCCCAGGGCAAGCCUGAGGUGGACUGCCACAAGGCCAGGCGAGGCCUGGUGAAACAGCAGCCCGGGCCGCAGGGGCCAGAGGGAAGUUUCUCCUCGGAAUCACGGUACCAAAUAGGAAAGAUGAUCUACAAAUGCCCCAUGUGUAGGGAGUUCUUCUCUGAGAGAGCAGAUCUGUUUAUGCAUCAGAAAGUCCACACAGCCGAGAAGCCCCAUAAGUGUGACAAGUGUGACAAGGGCUUCUUUCACAUAUCUGAGCUGCACAUUCACUGGCGGGACCACACAGGAGAGAAGGUCUACAAAUGUGACGAUUGUGGCAAGGAUUUUAGCACGACAACAAAACUCAAUAGACAUAAAAAGAUCCACACGGUGGAGAAGCCCUAUAAAUGUUACGAGUGUGGCAAGGCCUUCAACUGGAGCUCCCACCUGCAGAUUCACAUGAGGGUCCACACAGGUGAGAAGCCCUAUGUCUGCAGUGAGUGCGGCAGGGGCUUCAGCAAUAGCUCAAACCUUUGCAUGCACCAGAGGGUCCACACGGGGGAGAAGCCCUUCAAAUGUGAAGAGUGUGGGAAGGCCUUCAGGCACACCUCCAGCCUCUGCAUGCAUCAGAGGGUCCACACGGGAGAGAAGCCCUAUAAAUGCUACGAGUGUGGGAAGGCCUUCAGCCAGAGCUCCAGCCUCUGCAUCCACCAGAGAGUGCACACAGGAGAGAAGCCCUAUAGGUGUUGUGGGUGUGGGAAGGCCUUCAGCCAGAGCUCCAGCCUCUGCAUCCACCAGAGAGUGCACACAGGAGAGAAGCCCUUUAAGUGCGAUGAGUGUGGGAAAGCCUUCAGCCAGAGCACUAGUCUCUGCAUCCACCAGAGAGUACACACCAAGGAGAGAAACCAUCUCAAAAUAUCAGUUAUAUAAAACAUUUUGCUAAGUUAACCUGAAAACCCAUAAGUGCCACUAGGAAGGAAACGCUGUAUAUACCUACAUUGACCCGAGAAAGACUUGACAGCAGCCCCCAGCAAAUCAUUCUUUUUGAGGAGACGUAGGUGAGGUUCAAUUUUUGGUUCACUGGUUCUUGCCAAGUGUGUUUCACAUGUAGGCUUUGAAUGCGGUGGGAGCCGUCUGAACUCUCGCCCAAACCUGGCGAGUCCUGUCGUCCUGGGCACAGACGUGCACUUCCGGGACCUGGCACGAUGCCUCAGCCAUUGAGGGGCUGCCCAAAGGCUGGGUCAGGGCCAGCCUCCUGAGCCGCCUUCAGCCUGCUGUCCUGAGAAGGGCCCGCCCUGGGCUCCCGAGGGAGCUCCCACCCCACUUGUCUCGGUCCCCUCCUGGGCGGUGUGUGUGAGGACGGACAGCUCCCGCUCCGAGCGCCUUGGUGUUUCUGAGGUGGCCGUGUGGCUCGGCUCCAUAGCUUCCCGUGAGUCCCAUUAUUUCUGCACCCACUUUACCUCAUGUCCUCAGAUACCCCUUCCUAGAUGGCGUUCGGUUUGGUUUAGAGUUUGGGUGGCUCCUGCCCCUCACUCGGCCCCUCAGAAGUCCUGGGCAGGCGCACACGCUCUGCAGCGUCCGUGCUGUGGUUCUGCCCUUCACUGUGUCUCCGCUGCAGACUUAUCUUCUAGUGGCUGCACCACGUAUUGUGAACUUGGAUUUUUUAGCAGGGACAGCUGAGUAAGUAACAGGAGGAAGAAGCAAGCGGGGUGGAAACUCCUGUCCCUCCAGCCAUGCGCCCUUGAGCUUUCUUUGCAACGUGGGGUGCUCCUUCCAAGCCAGGGGAGACCUUAGGAGAAGGGGGUGGUGGGAGGAGCCACUCUGGAUCUGGUCGCUGUCCUUUCCAGGCAGGCGUGUCUGUCCUGCUGUCAUUCUUUGCAUUCUUCUUUCGUUCAGCAAAUAUUUAUUGAACACCUGGGUGCCAGGGCUAUGCUGGGUGCUGGAUGCCCCCCUGAGUCAGACAGACACGGUCCUGCUCUCACAGUGGAGAACACAGAUAAGCAAGUAAACAGAUAAUAAUGUAGUUUGAGGUAGUGGUUAAGUGCUAUGAAGAAAAUACACUAGGGUGGUGAGUAGAGUGGGGGGUGGGGGUGGGCGGCGUUAGCUGGGGUCAGGGAGGCCCUACCAGGGCCCAGGGCUGGGCCACGGCCGCCCCUCAGGUGCUGCUUGCUGGGACGGGGCUGGCCAGGCCCCAGGUCAGUGUGCUGAGCCUCGAGGCAGCCUGCCAUCAUGGGCCUGUUUUGUUUUGUUUUGUUUGCUCUUACUGAUUGGUAUUAAAAACUCAUGCGGGGGAACUCGAGGAAUGUGGGAAGGCCAAAAGUCCCCAAGGACCUGGCCGAGAGCGGCUAGCUGGUUCUCACCUUGGUUUUGUUCCUCACUCCUGUCUCUGGUUCCCCACACGCAGCCCUCCCACUCAGGAAGUCUUUGGGGAAACUGAGGGUCUGCGAAGCUCUGACGUGGGUGGUCAGCGUGGCAGCGCCUGUCCACCGUCCAAGGCAGGAAACGAAUUUCUUAAAAUAGUUACCAAAAUACUGAAACCACACUUUGAUUUCCCUCUCCAUCUUGAGUUAGUUUCUUCUGUUGGCUGGAAGGGGUUUGCAGGAGCCCACAGCAUGGUGGGCCGGCCUGGGUGCUGGGGGUGAGGUGGGGCCGGUGGGCCCUCCCAUCCUCCUCUCCGGGGUGGGCGGGCCCUGCAGGCCUGUGGCCAUGGUGCGAUGAACUGGAGCACCUGGUCGCCUUCCUGUCACGGUAGUGUGGAGCAGUAGAGGUCAGCCUAGACUUUUAGUUGCUAGAGAGCCCGUCGAAAUAUCAUUGAUAGAAUUUUAGUUUUAGAAAAAAUUGGUUUGAUUUCUAGCUUUACUACUAUUAGGUAUGAGAGCUUGGGCGAAUCGCUUAAUCUUUGAGUCUAGUUUUCUCACUGAAUGAGGAUAUUGGGCUGAAUGAUUUCCAAGUUUCCAGCUAGUCCUAGAGUUCUAUAUUUCUACAUAGUUGAAUUAUUUUAUCAUGCUGUUGCUGGGGAUAUGACUAACACUUUUGAAGCUACUAAUUUUAUGUCAAGCUUUAAAGCCCAUAAUUGUUAUCUUCAGAAAAUAUUAUUUGACCUACAGUAUGUCCAAAUCAAUUUAAUAAAAUCACUUUAUAACAGGG